CAAAGCUAAACCCAACGCCGCUUCAACGAAAGAAGUCGCCGGAUAUUCUCCACCCCCACUACUAGUCAACAGUCAACAAGGUAGUAAUAUGAGUCAGCUUGGUUUUUCACACUUUCGCAUCUCUAUCAAAAGGACUGGUUUAAGAAACAUUUCUGGAGUGUUGUCUUUAAGGUGCUUUUUUUCUUGUCCUAGCUCAGCAGAAAUAAAUCCUUCUCCAUUUCGACUGCUUGGACCUCCAGAAAUCUCUCAUUCAACAGUUAAUGCGACCCCAGGUCUAGUUGAUACCCAAGACUUCUUCUCUGAUGAAAAACUACUUCGGGAGAAAUGCUAUCUUAGAUCACGUGAUCCGUGUUUUCAAUUUUAUGAAAAGCGUAGAAAAAUUAAAGCAGUUGAUAGUCUGGUGAACUAUUUGGAGAAUUCUUGGUACCACUGUCCACAUACUACCCUCAAACUCAUUUGCCUCCUGAGGAACACUAGUUAUUUUAGAAACCUAAGAAGAGAGGAGUUCUUUGUGGCAGCUAUGUGGCUCCACCAAUACCACCCUAAAACGUUAGCGUGCAAUGUGAAAACAUUUGCCAAAUUUGGGUGUUUGAAAGACUUGCUGGAAAUCCUCCGUCGGAUUGUCAAUAGUGGCAUCCCAAAACAUACAUAUUUCAUGGACAGCGAAGGACUUGAAAGGAGAGAGGGAAUUUCAAGAAGGAUAAAGAAAAAUAUGAGAAGCAAAAUACUUAUAAGGAUAAAGAUGAGAAGGAAAAAUAUGAAGGUUGUGAAGGAUAAGACAAAGACUAAGAAGGAGACGUCAACAUUUUUGAGAAUGGUAAAAAGAAAUAUGAUGUUAAAAGAGGACUUUGAGAAGAGAUUGAAGGCUCUGAAGGAUAGGACGAAUGCUGAGAAAAUGAGAAAGGAGAAAAUAAAUAUGAUGGUAAAAAAAGCCAUUCGGCGGUACAAUUACGAUAAAAAUUACCGUUUCUUAUAUGAUCGGAUUUCUGAUCUCUUUGCCAAGCUACUUAAGGCUGAUCUUGAGCACUUGAAUUCUGGGCAGACAGCAAAAAUUAGUUUGGCUUCAAAAUGGUGCCCUUCUCUUUACUCUUCUUAUGAUUAUUCAACUUUAUUUUGUGAGAGUGUUGCCAGGAGGCUUUUCCCUUAUGAUUCUUGUCCUGAAUACAAAGGGAUCGAUGAGGCUCACUAUGUUUACAGAGUUCGAAACCGUUUACAAAAAGAAGUUCUUGUCCCACUUCGCAAAGCCUUAGAGUUACCGGAAAUUUACAUGAGUGCCAAUCAAUGGAACUUACUUCCAUACGAUCGAAUCUCAUCUGUUGCCUUCAAAACUUACAAGCGUGCAUUCUAUAAGCAUGACCGAGAAAGGUUUUUGCAGUACCUUCAAAAUGUGCAGUGCCUUGAAAUGCCAAAAACCACUGCCAAGGAUUUACUUCCUCAUGAGAUAUUAAAACUUUUUCAGUACGCUAAUGGUCAUGAAGUUGCUGAACUGCAAUGGAAAAGGAUGCUGGAUGCUUUCUCUAAGAAUGGGAAAUUUGUCAAUUGCAUUUCAACGUUUAACAGUAAUGAUUGGACAGAUGAAUUCUGCUGUGGCUUUACAUUGAUGACUUCUGAACUCUGUGCAAGCCCUUGGAAGGGAAAGGUCCUUAAGUACAGUGAUAAUCCUGAGGUGGUGAGCAUCAAGGGAGAUGAUCUUCAGUCAAGGAUAAAUUUUUGUAGACUAAAUAAUGUUGUGAGCCCAAAAGGAGAUGGUAAUGAUACUAAACCAUGGGGCCUGCUGCUAUUAUCAUUCUUGGAUAAAAUUUUGGAAACUGCAAUAGACCUGAAUGUGAGAAAACAGGACAUGAUCAAAAGGGUUUUCAUGUUUGAAGGUAAACGCCCUAAUUGUGCGUCUAGUUGCCAUUAUGAAAGCUGUUGUGGGGAUCAUGAUUGUGGCUGGAGAAAGAACUAUGAAGCAAUGAAGGAGAAGUUUGAAGUGAAUGGGUAUGUGAUGCCCCAAAUUACGCAUUGGGAAUGGGACAUGACAUGCAUGAGUAAAUUUGGACUGAAAUAUCCGGAAGUGAUAUCAUUUGAAGGUGGUCUGACACACAUAAGAGGACUCUUCAAGACAAGUUUCAGAUUUUUUGUGGAGGGAGAUGGAACCCUGAAUUUAAGAGCUAUGAUGGAUUCGGAGAUUUGCAGUGCAGAUGACCCAGAACUUUUAGUGCACGAUUGAUUUUAUUUUAUUUUAUAAUUUUGUUACUCUCUUUUUAGCU